GCGCCAAGUCAAUUUGCGAACGCCGCUCGCUCACAACGGUGGCGCAGAAACAAAAGCAACAAAAAUAAUAAUUUAAAUAAAAACAAACGGUAAUAGCUCUUCUUCAGUUAGCGCCCCCCGUCCCCUCCCGCACACCAGCCUUUUUGCUCGCACUUUUGUUCCCACGUUGUGCGCGUGCGUGCGCGAGCAGAGCAGCAGACGAGACGAGUCCGAAAUCAGAAAACCGAAAACCGAAAACCGAAAACCGAAAUCCAAAACGAAAACCAAAACCAAAACCAAAAUAAGUCGCCAGUCUCCAACGCAUCUCGUCCACAGCAGGUCCACCUCGAAAAUCGCGCGUUUCGCGGUUGGCAGUUCGAAAUUUUCGAAGUUUCGAACGAAAGUCGCGGCCGUUUCGUGGAUACUCAAGAACUCGCGUCAAAUUCGAAAAAUCCAAACAUUUGCGUGGGUUUAGUUUUGACAAAAAAAAAUAAUAAUAAUAACAGAAAAGAAAUCCAAUUUUCUGGGGAAACUCUCGAGUGAAAACGAGAACAACGUGGCCGCCAGCAAAGAACCAUCCAUGAUUGGCUCGCACUUUUCCAGACUGCAAAAGAAACGCGCCCUCAACAGCUAUUCAAAUUUUCCCUUAUAACGAAUAAUUCUCCCCAAGUCGGCGACUAAUCUAGAUACAUACCAAAGAAAUCGCAGCGCAGCCAGUCAGUUUAAACUAUUAGCCGUAACUAGUCAAUGCCAAAAAUGAUAGUGGAUAAAUCGGAACUGGUGGGCGAGAAUGCCUGGGCCAAGCUACUGCCCGAGGAGAAGGAGAAGGAGAAGGCCAUCAUAGUCAAGAUGAACAGCAGCAGUGGCAAUAACAACGACGCCAAGGAGACGACGCCCCUCAAUGUGGAUCAACUGGUGGCAACCGCCAAUCCGGUGGUUCCGGGGGAGCAGAGUGCCGUGUGCCUGGAGGAUACCUACAAGCGUACCUCGACCUAUGCCUCCAACAUCAAUUCCACGGGCGGCGAGUCCAGCGGCAGUGGAACCCAACUUUCCCGCAAGGAGUCCAUCUUGGGCAGCUUCCACCGGCAAAUCCGGCGAUCCAUAAAGGCGGUUAGCGAAUCGCCCGGCCCACUUACCAGGUACCGGCAGACACGCUUCAGUUCGCGGCGUGUUCGAAAACGUGUGGUCUUCAAGCACGGCGAGUGCAACGUUGUGCAGGGAAAUGUGGCCAAGAGGCGGCGUCGCUAUCUGCAGGACAUCUUCACCACCCUGGUGGACGCCCAGUGGCGCUGGACGCUGCUCGUCUUCGCCGCCAGCUUCGUAUUCUCGUGGGCCUUCUUUGGAUUCAUCUGGUGGAUCAUCGCCUACGCGCACAACGAUCUGGAGUACACCAAUCUCAAGAACCAGUCACCCGAUCUGGUGGCCAACAUGACGCACACGGUCUGCGUAACGCAGGUCUCCAAUAUGAUGUCCGCCUUCCUGUACUCCGUGGAAACCCAGACGACGAUUGGCUACGGCAAUCGCUAUGUGACCGAGGAGUGUCCGGAGGCGAUAUUCACCAUGUGCAUCCAGUGCAUCACGGGUGUCUUCAUCCAGGCGUUCAUGGUGGGCAUUGUGUUUGCCAAGCUGUCGCGCCCCAAGAAGCGUGCCCAGACGCUGCUCUUCUCCCGCAAUGCUGUCAUCUGCCACCGGGAUGGAGUGCCAUGUCUGAUGUUCCGUGUGGGUGACAUGCGCAAGUCGCACAUCAUCGAGGCUCAUGUGCGGGCCCAGAUAAUCCGCAAGAAGGUGACGAAGGAGGGCGAGGUGCUGCCCUUCUACCAGCAGGAGCUGCACAUCGGAGCCGAUGGUGGUGAGGAUCGGCUGAUGUUCAUCUGGCCCACCACCAUAGUGCACAAGAUUGAUAGGAACAGUCCGCUGUACAUGCUGUCCGCCUCGGAUAUGCUGAAGGAACGCUUCGAAGUGGUGGUCAUGCUGGAGGGCGUCAUCGAGUCCACCGGCAUGACCACGCAGGCCAGGAGCAGCUACUUGCCCUCGGAGGUGCUGUGGGGCCAUCGCUUCGUGAAUGUGGUGUCCUUCCGCAAGGAGACGGGCGAGUACGAGGUGGACUACACGCUAUUCAACAACACCUACGACGUGGACACGCCGCUGUGCAGCGCCAAGCAGCUGGACGAGCUCAAGUCGGAGUACACGAGAAGCGCCAAGUGUGUGAAUGCACCCUUUGCGGAUCGCACGCUCUCGGCCAGCCUGUUCCAGCGCAUUGCCUCCGCCGCCUCGGUGGAUCAUCUGGAUCCGGCGAGCGACGAAUCGCUGGACUCCGGCCGCCUGCAGAUACGCUCCCAUUCCAUACCCAACGGCGUGCUGGCUAGCGAGCUGGAGCCGCUGAACAACAACAAGCACGGCGCUUCGUUCACCAUGGGCGGCCUGACCAUCACGACGACGGCGCCCAGCAUCCCCAACCUAUCCAGUAUUAACGAGAAGACCAACUCCGGCAAUUCCAUAAACAGCAGCAACUACAGCAAUAACAAUAGCCUAAGCACGCUGACCGGAGGAGGAAGUGCUGCCAGCGGACCCGGAGGAGGCAUCUCCAUUGUGGCCGGCGGUGGUGGAGGUGGCGGAGGCGGCGGCGGCGGCAGACACAAGUCGAAUCCCCGCCGUCUAAGCAUCAAGCAGGAUCAGCUGCCCAUCGAUUCCAUUUGUUGAUAUUAUUAAUUGAGUGGCUCCCUGCCCUGUCCGUCAGUUAACUGAUGUUGUAUUCUAGUUAAGCAUAGGCUCCCAAUAUACAUAAUACAUAACUCUAACUCAAACUAAGCUAAGGAAAUUCCAUGGAGAGCUCAUCUGUCAUAGCCAUAGAGCUGCUGCAGCUGUGAACACCCCUCAAAAUCCCCGCCCUUUCCUGCUGAAGUGGAGGCAAUCUGAUUGUUAGCCACCUACCUACUUACUACUAACCCUGAAACGAUUGUAUAUGUCUAGGCUAAGCUGAUGAAUGGAAGAUGCACGUUGUUAGCUUUACUGUGUUGAAUUUACUAUAGUUAAGUUACAAAUUGAUAUUAACGCGAAGUAAGAUGUGAGACCCAGAAACCAAAAUGCUGCAACUUAGACAACUAGAGAAAUCCUUAAACGGCUCACUGAUCAUGAAAUUUAUGCGAAGACGCAGCGGAAUUGAAAAUUCCCUUUAACCAGAUUAUUGUUUAAUAUUACUCACUUCAGUGAGAUAGAAAAUGUACAUUUUUAAUCAACACACUGUUUCAAAAACAAGAGCUUCAAUUAUCAUAAUGAGUGGACAAUAAAAUUGUAUGAGUAUGUGAGUGAUUGAUAUAUGAAUUUUAUUCUUAAGCUUCGCCCAGAUUGUGAAAAUGAAAGACGGUGAAUAUACCAUAAGAUGGAAAGAAAAGAAACUAA